UGACAGUCCGCUGACUAACACACUUCCCGGCGCGUCUGCCCGUCUGGGCGCCUGGGCUCGGCGUCGGUAUCUGUUGCCCGACAGAGGAGAGCUCGCAACUUUGAUCGCACGACAAUCGUCGAGUGCAUCACCAAUCAUCCUGAACCUCUUCCGUCCUUUGUGAAUCCGUCUUGUCAUCGACCGCCAUUCCUUCGUUACACGCCAUCAAGCUAACGUCUAUAACACCACAGCCCUGUCUUCGACGCAUCUCCUUGCUGUCGUAGGAUGACCUCGAGUCGCUGAGAUACCAGACCAUGCCCUCCCGCCGGGCGCAACCACCCCUCUCCGUCCGCUUGCCGGCCGGCAAUGCGCAGCCCGAACUGCCACCCAUAGCGGCCCUGUUCCUCAUCGACUUCGACGUUAAGGCCGGAUACACCAUUGUCUGGAAACAGGCUGCACCCGGCAUCGAGCUCGAGGGCCUCGUCGAGUACAAGAGUCUGCCAUCGGGACUCCACACUGUCACCGACGACUUGAUAUACUUCGUUCACGAUGGGCACCAUGCCGGACUGAGCGCUUUCAUCAACACACCGUGCGACGAGGAGGAGGCGCGUCAUGCGCGCAUGAUUGCCGUCGGCGUUCUGGUUCCUCUCAGCUAUGGCCGCCUUGGCCGGGCAUGGAGGCAUGCUGAGGGCUUGAAGGACAUUGCAUCAAAACUCGCCGAGGAUCGCAAGAACACGAGCCUUCUCGAUGAGUACUGGGAGAAGAACAAGGCCAAGGAAGGCGCUGAACAAGAACGGCCGGCGAUCGAAUCGCCGUCCGUCAGCUUCAGCGCCCAAGCCGCCCAGCCCAGAAAGGCAAACCACACCCGUAAUCGCUCUGCUUCAGAUGGCGCUUCGUUGCUGCCGUCUGGCCACCGGCUUUCCCCUUACCACCCGGCCUGGAGCCUGACGUCCCUGCUGGACACCUUCGGUCCUCUCAUUUUCCCCAUCCACAGGGCCGCUCUGCUACGAAAGCGCAUCUUGAUAUCAUGCCACGCGCCAGUGCGAGAAACCUGCAACUUUGUAUACAACAUUUCUGUCCUUUCAAAUAUUCCCCAAACAGUGACGGAGCUACUGGCUCCGACAUCGUCCUCGCAGCGACUGAGACCCCUUUUCACCAUCGGGGUCCAUGACAUACCUUUCUUGAUGGAGGACUUCGAGGCCUCGAAGCGACGAAAUGCCGACAGCAACUUCGACUUUGCGGAUGAGUCGGGCUCUGGAUGGAUCGCCUGUACGACUGACAGCAUUCUGGCCAUGAAGGACACUCUCUGGGACAUGCUCAUCACCAUGCCUCCGCCUUAUGCGCCCAACGCCAAGGAAAAGGUCUGGCCCACGGUUGAGUGCCCUCGUGGCGUACCUGUCAAGGCAACGCAGCGGGACCUGAGAAGGUUCCGUGCUUUGCAGUCUGGUCUUGCCAGGCUGGCAGCAACAACGCCGAAGCCGGCGGCAGCCGAAACGCCUCGAUCAGAGACACCGACGAGUUUCAAACUUACUGCCGGUGCCUUCCCGGUGCCCGGCCUUGACAACGAUGAGGCCUUGGACAAGAUUGUCGAGCCACAGAGCUGGACGGCGCUCGCGUACAGUGGCUUCAUGUGGUGGGCGAGUGCUGGCGAGCAGGCACGCAGCGAGGAGCAAGAGGAGGCGGCUCAUGAUGCGGCAUUGCUGGCAGACCUGGUAUUGACGCCACACACGCCGAGCAUGUCGAAUCCCCCGAAAUCCCGGCCCUUAGUGUCGGGCGGCAUGGCUGACUCGAUUGGGUCCAUUGUGUCUCGGUCAGCGAUCGGGCCAGAGGACGACGAGGCAAGAACGGAGCUCGCGGUUAUUGCCUACUUUCACCGUUUGACGGCACAAAUGCUCACAGUGAUGGGGGACCUGGCGGAGUGCUCGGGCGAUUGCUACGAGGACGACGACGACGAAGACGAGAACGAGGACGAGGAUGCGGAAGACGUCCCUCUCCGGUCCAACGGUGAACCUAAGCGCAUCGCCGUACGGGUUGGCAGUGAAGCACUUGAGAGCAUGGGUCUUGACGUCUGGAAUGCGCAUGAUGCGGAGUUCGUCAAGGAGCUUAUGGCUAAGUACUUCAACCGGAAGCCCUACAUCGAGGGCAAAGGAGUUGAGGUGUGCGGAGUGCGCGUCUGUUGAGGGUCUGAAUGCUUUCGAGACUCGAAAUACUUGGUGUUGUAAAAAUGGCCCACCACUGUAUUCACGCGGGAUGAAACGGUGUCUCCCCUUCCUUUUUUCCAUUUUCGUGGGACGUGGCACCUGUUUGACGGACAUAAUCCAUACUCGAUAAGUUUUUUGUGUCAAGCUACGUAGGCGUUGGGAUGAUCUAUUUCCGAACGGAUGAGCGCGUGGGAGCUUUUCUCCUGUACAUGACAUGUGGGCUCCCUAGAAGCCUGGCAGAACAUUCUCAUCUAGGCGGUCGGAAUGAUAGCAAUUGCAGUGCGUGUUGGCUUUAUUAUGUAUGUAUCCCAUUUUGUCUCAUGAGCAACCCGCCUUGCCAGCAUCGGACCCGGCAGUUCGCUAGUUAUUGUGUUUGAGACAGCUUGUCUGCCACUAUAAUCUACAACCCCUGUCCACUUAAAAAAAUGUCGAGAAGGCGUUUCUUGGACAACAGUUGACAACGUAUGCGAUGACAC